AUUACGGUAUAUAAUAUUGAUUUUGACAUUGCUUAUAAAAAAUGUGUUAGUAUCACUAUAAAUGAUGUAGCUUACAUCGUUGAUAAGGCUCAAAAGCACAAUAUAGAAAUUGGGGUUCAUUAUUGA